AUUGCUAACGUCUGGACUUGAAUUAAGUCGUAGAACUACUGUAAAUCUGGUGGCCAGACGCUCAUUGGAUCGGCUCCAGAUGUGCAAUAUAUCUGCUUUAUGCUGGUUUGAGGGGUUUAAUCUGUGGAUAAAGAAGGAAUCUGGAUUAUAAUCCACCAUUAUCACACUGGAGCAGGCAGACGAACUCGGACUGGAGGAUUGUGCAGGUGGACAGUCUGACACUGGUUUUUGGCUCAGUUCUGACUUUAGGAGUUGGUGGAAACUGGCUUGAGCGCAGUGGAGAUGGGGGCCACUCCAUCAUUCAGAAAUAUGUGGACUAAUAUGUUGUCGAUUCAGAGGGAUCAGUUUGAUAACCUGGAAAAGCACACACAGUGGGGAAUCGACUUUGUGGAAAAAUACACCAAAUUUGUGAAGGAAAGGUCAGAGAUCGAGCUUAACUAUGCAAGACAGAUCAGGAACCUGUCCAAGAAAUACCAGCCUAAGAAGAAAGAGGAAGACGAGAACAAAUACACAUGGUGCCGUGCGUUUUAUUCGACGCUAAACGAGCUGAACGAUUACGCCGGCCAGCAUGAGGUCAUCGGAGAGAACAUGACGUCACAGAUCAUCGCUGACCUCACGCGGUACACACAGGAAGUCAAAACAGAGAGGAAAUCGCAUUUCCAUGAUGGACGGAAGGCACAGCAACAGGUCGAAGCCAGUUGGAAACAGCUGGAGUCGUGUAAGCGAAAGUUUGAGCGGGAUUGUAAAGAAGCAGAUCGAGCCCAGCAGUACUUUGAGAAGAUGGACGCAGACAUCAACGUGACGAAAGCAGACGUGGAGAAGGCACGGCAGCAGGCUCAGAUGAGACACCAGAUGGCUUCUGACAGCAAGAAUGAAUAUUCCUCAUACCUGCAGAAGUUCAACCAGGAACAGAACGAACAUUAUUACACCAUCAUCCCUAACAUUUUCCAGAAGAUCCAGGCGAUGGAGGAGAAGAGAAUAGAGCGAAUGGGCGAGUCGCUGAAAACGUUUGCCGAGGUCGACCGACAGAUUCUGCCCAUCAUCGGGAAAUGCCUGGAUGGAAUGACACAAGUGGCCGAAUCCAUUGAACCCAAGAACGACUCCUCUCAGGUCAUUGAGUCGUAUAAGUCUGGGUUCGAGCCUCCUGGCGAUGUGGAGUUUGAAGACUACGGUCAGGCGAUGAAGAGGACGGUGUCCGAGACCAGCCUCAAUAACUCGCGCUCGGACAACAAAUCCGAGCGUUCCAGCAAGGGCAAAAGCAAAACUCUAUGGCCUUUCAUUAAGAAAAACAAGCUUAUGUCCCUGUUAACAUCCCCCAUACCUCGCCAGCCCCCCCCUGAUCCUCCCUCACCUUCUGCUGUGACCCCUGACCCCUGCCCCACUCCCCAGACCCCCAAACAGUCCAAGGAGCCCCUGUCCCACCGAUUCAACGACCUCAUGACCUCCAAGCCCAAAAUGCACUGCCUCAGGAGCCUCCGGCGAGGGUCUGCCCAGUCUCUCUAUUAUAAUAAAGAAAUCAUGAAGAGGACUCUCGGUCGGCCUACGUAUGCUUUCGAGGCCAGGCAAUAUGUCCUCUCUCUAAAGCUGCUCUCACUCAAUGCCCACGUGCGGAACCUUAUUGAGGGUUCGAAUCCAGAGGACUUCAGUCAUCUUCCUCCAGAGCAGAGAAGGAAGAAGCUUCAGGCGAAGAUCGACGACAUCAAUAAAGACAUACAGAAAGAGAUGGACCAGAGAGAUGCUUUGACUAAAAUGAAGGAAGUGUAUAUAAAGAACCCACAGAUGGGGGAUCCCAACAGCGUGGACCCUCGGUUAGGAGAGAUCGCCAACAACAUUGAGAAACUGCAAGCGGAGGCACAGAAAUUUGAGGGCUGGUUAGCGGAGGUCGAAGGAAGGAUGCCUGUGAAGAGUGAGCCUCCGCGGCGGACAAGUGUCCUGUACGAGACCCAAAACAGCACACCACCCACCACCAACAACAACAGCUGCGCACAGGAUAGAGAGAGCAGUCCGGAUGGCAGUUAUACAGAGGAACAGAGUUCGGAGGUCCAGAGUAAAGUCCAACCAGAAACAGCGGAGUCCGGCGAUGAAUUUGAUGACCCAGACGAAGAAAUGCUACCGACCAUCGGCACCUGCAAAGCCCUUUACCCGUUCGAAGGUCAUAAUGAAGGCACCAUCGCAGUAACAGAGGGUGAGCUCUUGUAUGUAAUAGAGGAAGACAAAGGGGACGGAUGGACACGUGUUAGAAGAAACGAGGAAGAGGAGGGUUACGUCCCCACAUCCUACGUCGAGGUCUUUCUGGACUCCAACUCCAAAGAUUCGUAAAGUAUGGAAGGAGGACUCAGUGGUGCAGGGCAAACAGCAGCCACAUGUGGGGAAAACUACAGCCUACCCUCCAUGAACCGCCCUAGAGUGAGACAGAUGAGAGACAGACACAAAAUAAAGAGAGGAACAGUGAAAGAAGCGAGAGGAAGAGGCUAUAGAGACCUCUCGGCCUAAAUUCUCCUGCUGUAGAGAGGAACUUUAACAGCAAAUCAGAGAAAUAUUAUGACAUUUAGAUUUAUUACAUGUCUGUUCUUUUAUAAUGAGGUGAAUAUGAUCUACAUAUAUCAUUUUGCUUUACGGCUCUUCAUCGCUGCUGAACGGCUCUAACGUUUCUUUCAGCCUGGUGCGAAUGAGUAUGUAUGUUUGUAUGUGUGUGUGUUUUUUUUUUUUUUCGUCUUUAACAGCUUGAAACGGUCUUGCUUCCGAUUCCCUGAGCUAUCCUGAACUGGGAACGUGGUCUGUAAAAGGAGCUGAACUUUCGGUACCACGUCAGUGCUGCAUUCUGUCCGUAUUCCUACUUGACUUCUACAUCUUGAUGCUUGGAAGAUGAUGCACACUAACAGUUUGGAAUAAUUGAGAUUUUUAAAUGUUCUUGAGUCUCUUAUGCUCACCAAGGUUGCAU